UCUUGAAGGUCUAAGCUCAACCCUUCUUCUAAAGGCUUAUCAGAAUCCAAGUCUCUCCUCGUUAAUCUCUCUUGGGUUUUUAAUGGCAGCUUUCAGCUAUAGAAGUUCUGGAGCAAUUUUUGCAGUCUUGUAUUUAUUUUGAUUUUUUUCCUUUACCAUCUAAGGCAACUUUCCUAAGCUUUAUUUAUUUCUUUCUUUUCUAUCUUCUACCGUACUAUCUCUGCACUAUAUUAGAAGUUCUUGGGUAUCAACUAUCAAGCCAUUUUGGUUUUAGUGUGUCUUUCAAGUGCCAGAGCUGUUUUUGGGGGGGAAUGAAGGAGGAUUCUUAGUGGCUUUACAUUGUAUUGUAUUGUUUAUGGAUCUGUGUUCAGUUUAAGCUCUCAUCUCUCUUUGUUUCAAACCCAAGCUUUAACAGAAGGCUAAUUUGUUUUCCGAGUUGGUUUUCACACAAAGAAGCUGUUCUGAAGUAGGGAGGUGGGUUUAAGGGCUAUGGGGCAGUUGCCUUUGGUUUUUGGGGUGGUUUCCUUAUUAUGUUUGGUUGUUUCGGUUAGCAGUAUUGGGGCUAACUGGGGUACACAAGCAACACACCCUUUGCCACCUGAUUCGGUUGUGGGGAUGCUCAAGAAUAAUGGGUUUCAGAAAGUGAAGCUCUUUGAUCCAGAACCAGGGGUUUUGAGAGCUCUUGGCAAGUCUGGGAUUGAGGUUAUGGUAGGUAUUCCUAAUGAAAUGCUUGCUACUUUGGCUUCCAGUGUGAAGGCAGCUGAGACAUGGGUGGAGAAGAAUGUUUCCACUCACAUCACCAGCAACACUGUAAACAUCAGGUAUGUUGCAGUUGGGAACGAGCCUUUCUUGGAGACAUACAAUGGAAGCUUCCUUACUACAACCUUCCCAGCUUUACAAAAUAUCCAAUCUGCACUCAUAAAAGCUGGUCUAGCAAGCCAGGUGAAGGUCACUGUCCCCCUCAAUGCUGAUGUAUAUCAAUCUUCAACGGGACUCCCAUCAGGCGGUGAUUUCCGGAGUGACAUCCAUGACCUAAUGGUUGCCAUCGUUAAGUUCUUGAGUGACAAUGGAGGUCCUUUCACUGUCAAUAUCUAUCCUUUCAUAAGCCUUUACGACAACCCGGACUUCCCUGUUAAUUAUGCCUUCUUUGAUAGCACCUCACCACAGUUGACUGAUAGUAAUGGGAAUUCCUACUACAACAUGUUUGAUGCAAAUCUUGAUACUUUGGUAUGGGCCCUUCAGAAGAAUGGCUAUGGCAAUCUACCUAUCAUUGUUGGAGAAAUUGGGUGGCCAACUGAUGGGGACAAGAAUGCAAAUCUGCAAUAUGCCCAGCGAUUCAAUCAAGGAUUCAUGAACCACAUAUUGACUGGGAAUGGCACCCCAAUGAGACCAGGGCCUAUUGAUGCAUACCUAUUUAGCUUGAUUGACGAGGACGACAAAAGCAUCACUCCAGGGAAUUUUGAAAGACAUUGGGGAAUAUUUUACUUUGAUGGGUUGGCCAAGUACCAGCUUAAUCUGGGGACUACAAACUCAAGCAAUUUAGUUAGAGCAACGGGUGUUCAUUACCUGGAGAAGAAAUGGUGUGUGAUGUCCCCUUCGGCAAGCAUGGAUGAUCCACAAGUGGCACCAAGUGUGAGUUAUGCAUGUGGACGCGCUGACUGCACAAGUCUUGGUUAUGGAACAUCUUGUAGCGGUCUCGAUGCACGCGGGAAUAUUUCAUAUGCAUUUAACAGUUACUAUCAGAGAUUAAAUCAGGACGACACUGCUUGCAAGUUCCCCAACCUUUCAAUUAUCACAAAGACUGACCCAACAACAGGAAUUUGCAGAUUUGAGAUCAUGAUCCAGCCUAUCACCUCAAAAGGUCAGCAGAGAUUUGGGAGUCUCCAAAAGAGGGUGAAUUUGAUAGUUUUUAUGUUUCUUACUUUUUUGACAUGUCUGUGAUUGCUGUAUUUUUAAUUUAUGGGUUAUUCUUUUUCUUA